UGGGAAACGUUGGGGACCGAGUACAGGUACAGAGGUGGGAAGGGAGAGGGAAGAUCGACCCGCGGGCACCGCUCUGCACUCCGUGCCAGUCCGAGCCUUGGCGGGGAGGUGGCGGGCAGCCUCCUUGGAUCCGAGUGAGCGGCUGAGGUGUCAGCCGCGCGGAUGCGAGGUGACGGGGCGCGGGAGGCCGGAGGAGCCCACAGAGACCGGCCGAAGAGGCCAAGGAGGCCGAAUCCAAAAGCAGACGUGUGAUGGAGGAAAGCAAGGAAAAGGGGACGUCCCAAAGGCUGGAAGUGGACGAAGGAACGCGAACAGGGCAGGCCCGAGUAAGGAACCACAAAGCCUGGAGCACUGAGUUUGCUGAGAGGUGGUCAGCAUGGUGUGGAUCAGCGUGGUGUGAGCCAUCGCCAUGCUGUGGAAGACAGAAUGGGCUGAACUGGAACUGACCUGAAUGUCAGCAAAAGGAGUCGCUCAGCAUGCUGCGCCCAGGCUGCACCCAGGUGCACUGAACAUGAGCCCCAACUCCUCCCUCGGCCACAGGAAGGAGCUGAGCAACCUCACUGCUGAGGAGGCUGGGGGCGGGGGCAUCGUCACGGAGCUUGUCGCCAUCAUUAUCAUCACCGUGUUUGUCUGCCUGGGCAACCUGGUCAUUGUGGUCACCCUGUACCGGAAGUCCUACCUCCUGACACUCAGCAACAAGUUCGUCUUCAGCCUGACCCUGUCCAACUUCCUGCUGUCCGUGCUGGUGCUGCCCUUCGUGGUGACGAGCUCCAUCCGGAGGGAAUGGAUCUUUGGCGUGGUCUGGUGCAACUUCUCCGCCCUUCUCUACCUGCUCAUCAGCUCAGCCAGCAUGCUCACCCUUGGGGUCAUCGCCAUCGAUCGCUACUACGCCGUGCUGUACCCGAUGGUGUACCCUAUGAAGAUCACGGGGAACCGGGCCGUGAUGGCGCUGGUCUACAUCUGGCUGCACUCCCUUGUUGGCUGCCUGCCCCCACUGUUCGGCUGGUCAUCGGUGGAGUUUGAUGACUUCAAGUGGAUGUGUGUGGCCGCCUGGCACCGGGAGCCCGGCUACACAGCCUUCUGGCAGAUCUGGUGUGCCCUGUUCCCCUUCGUGAUCAUGUUGGUGUGCUAUGGCUUCAUCUUCCGCGUUGCCCGGGUCAAGGCCCGAAAGGUGCACUGUGGCACAGUGGUCAUCGUGGAGGAGGACGCACAGAGGAGUGGGAGGAAGAACUCCAGCACUUCCACCUCGUCGUCAGGCAGCCGGAGGAACACCUUUCAGGGCGUGGUCUACUCAGCCAACCAGUGUAAGGCCCUCAUCACCAUCCUGGUGGUCCUUGGCGCCUUCUUGGUCACCUGGGGCCCCUACAUGGUGGUCAUCACCUCUGAGGCACUCUGGGGGAAGAACUACGUCUCCCCAACUCUAGAGACCUGGGCCACAUGGCUCUCCUUCACCAGUGCUGUCUGCCACCCCUUGAUUUAUGGCCUCUGGAACAAGACAGUCCGCAAGGAGCUCCUGGGCAUGUGCUUUGGGGACCGGUAUUACCGGGAGCCAUUUGUGCAGCGGCAGAGGACGUCCCGGCUCUUCAGUAUCUCCAACAGGAUCACAGACCUGGGCCUGUCCCCACACCUCACAGCACUCAUGGCUGGCGGACAGCCCCUGGGACACAGCAGCAGCACUGGGGACACGGGCUUCAGCUGCUCGCAGGACUCAGGAACAGACGUGAUGCUGUUGGAAGACUGGACAUCAGAGGACAAUGCCCCCUCCCACUGCACAUGCCCGCCCAAAAGGAGGAGCUCGGUGACAUUUGAAGAUGAAGUGGAGCAGAUCAAAGAGGCUGCCAAGAACUCUCUGCUCCAUGUGAAAGCUGAAGUGCACAAGUCCUUGGACAGCUACGCAGCCAGCUUGGCCAAAGCCAUCGAGGCAGAAGCCAAAAUCAACUUAUUUGGGGAGGAGGCUUUACCAGGGGUCCUGCUUACAGCACGAACUGUCCCUGGGGCUGGCUUUGGGGGUCGGCGAGGCAGCCGAACUCUUGCGAGUCAGAGGCUGCAGCUGCAGAGCAUUGCGGAAGGGAAUGUGUUAGCCGCGGAGCAGAGAUAAUGGCCUGGCGGUGGCUGGCCUGGAGCCCGAGGUGCUCCUGGGAGGGCUCCCGCCGCCUCUGUGCUGGACCUGAAUGAAGGAGAGGAACCGUCUGGUGUGCAGCCACCAGGGCAAGCAUAACGUCUCCCGGCUGCGACUCGGGCUUCUGCAUCUCAAGUGCACAGCCAGCAGUCGGCGGUGUGGCUGACUCUGCAGAGGGGGGACAUCCAGGCAGACCCGUGGCCCCGGAUGUGGAAGGGAACCAUCGCACAGAUGUGUCUUCUUACACCUUGUGGUUGGGGCCCAGCAGGUGCCGUCCAGAGGCUGCCUACGCAAACCCUUCCCAGUGCACCUGUACACAGCACUGCGGUUCUGAACCCUGCAGGAUUCACACCCCGGGUGAGGAUGAGGGGUCUCAUGCUGAGCACAGAGCACCCAAGAACACAGCGUCUGCCCCACGUACUUCCUACACAUGCCCUCGAGCGGCGUCCCCUGCUGGUGCCCGUGGGUGCUGCCAGUAGGUGGGGGGGCGGGGAUGGAUCCAACCCCACCCACACCCCAGUGGACAGAUUCUUUGGUAUUUCACAAGGGAGAAACCACUAUGAACAACAGAGGGGGAGGUACCAGGUAUCUCAUUUCCAGAAUUAGACGUUUGGUUAGGACACGUCACAGUCUUAACCAGGACUGACCAGGGCUGUCGGGCCCAGUGCACCAGCGCCACUCUGCUGCUGUUGGAGGGAAGCCUUUUACAUAGGAAAGCCUCAGGAUGUGUUGUGGGUGAUGCUUCAGUGGCCAGUGAACAUCGCUGGCCUCACUUCCACGGGCCAUGCCCCCUUGCAGCGACAGUUACUAUGAUUGGAUUCUGGCGCAGCAUAAAACAAGAGAAAGAGUGGUGUAGCUGCAGUUAGCAAGCUGGGUUCUUGACUCUGUGUGUGUCAUUUGGGGCACCCUGUCACCACUCCACGCCAUUUGUAAAAGGAGAAAAGAAAAGGCACUAGGCUGAAUGGUCGCUAAGAUCGCUCCCAGCUCUCAUCAACUUUGUUCUCUGAACUCAUGAGAGCCGACCAGUGUGUCUCCUUUUGACAGCUCUCAGAAAGCCUGUGUCUCUGUACUUGGUGACCGUCUGGAGCAAUGCUGACCACAAAGACGUGGAAGAGAAGAAAGAGUGCCACCUCGGACGUGGGGACAAGACAGCAGGUGUAGACGCACCAUUAGGAAGCUCGCGCUCUCUCCCCUUUGAGCUGGAAGGGCAGCUGAAGUUUGGGCUUGGAGAAGUGGCUGCUGUGAUUUGGGAAGCCACUAAACCUCCUGGUGCCACCCUUCAGCCUGAGCAAUCAAGUGAACUAAGACAGCAGUGGGUAGACUCUAAGGGUAGUUCAUUCUGUCUCCUGUCUGCUAGCAGGCAGCAAGGAAACCUUUUGAAGCCUUUCUCUGGGUUCUAGCUGGCGCCUGCUGAGGCAGAAACCAGUGGCUGGCUCGUCCCAGGUCUGCAGUUUGUCUCACCAGCUACUACUCUUGGUCAGCUAUUUGCUAAGGGCUGGCCUGGGCUCGGGGGAGCAGGAAGGGGCACCUGUGGCUUCUGCUGACACAUGCAGGUCAAACAGACACCACUGGCAUUGCUGGGUAGAAUCCUGUUUGAGGGCAGGGUAUGUUUUUGGUGUAUGUAGCAUAGUUUUCUGGCCCUCGUCCAGUUUCUGAAGACAUUGUAUUACUGGUUAAUUAGUACACAGAAAUGUGGAACAGUGCAGAGACCUUAACAUUUGCGUGAGGCCUGUGGUAGGGAGUUUCUGAGUGCACUAGACUGCCUGGGGACCAAAGAGUUAGAGAAGGCUUUCCUGACUGCAGGAGGCUGGGUGCUAGAGAAAGUCCUGAGGCUCCAAAGUCCACUACUGCGGCCCCCAGGAUAGCUGGUCUGUAAAGGACUGCAUCUAAACAAAGGUACAUUGCAUUUCACAAAAUUUGUUGUUCAGCCUUUUUAUGCAGUGAAGCCCAUGGCUUUUUUUUUUGUUGUUUGAGACAAGGUUAUGCUAUGCAGUUCAGGCUGGGCUUGAACUCACUUUGUAGCCCAGGCUGGCCUUCACCCUGCAGUGAGCAGGGAUCCUGUUGGCUCAGUCCGAGGCCCAUGUUUAUGCAUCUGCAGCCUGCUGUGUGCACUGUUCCUAGCCGGUGGGAGGUGGGGGGAGGGUGGGACAGAAAAUUUUAAGUGUUUUCUUUCCAUUUCAGGGAGAGAGACCUGGGAAGCACUCAUUCCAGUAAGGCUCAGGAUAGAGUAGAGAUUGUGGAAAGGACGGUGGCGCCAUAGGACAGUAGGUAGUUCUCAUGAAGCAUGUGACAGUUUGCACUAAGGCUAGGAGGAUGUUUGGUAGCUAGGACUAUAUUCUGCGUAGUCAGGGAUUUGGAACUGAGUUAGAGGAGAGGCAGUGUCCAGAGCUGAGCUCGGCGGUCCUGGGGCACCGUGGAGGGCCCUGCCUUCGCUACAACUCUCAGAACCCCACACAAACCAAGCAAGGCUCAUCUUCUUAAAUCUCGGGGGUAGUGGGGGCCUCCGGCCUUUCCAAGGGCACCCGGGCAGUUACUUGCUUAAAUACCUCAGUCCUGUGACUUGUUUUGACAAGACCGUCUUGAGCCGGUUGCCCAUUUCUGGUUUACUCACCGAGAUUUCAACUCAACUGUUUGUGCUGUGCUUCAGAUGCCAGGUGUGGGGCCGCGGAAGGCCCUGGAUCCCCGUGUUUGCGCGGCACCGUCAGACUCGGGGACGAGCUCCGGCCUCGGACACCAGGUGGCAGCAGCGAGGCGGUGAAGCCCUGAGCGUAAAAUCCGGCCUCAGCUGGGCUGCUGGCUCUCGCUGGGACCCGUUCAGCGGCUCAUCCUUGGCGUUGGCACAGAGGGCCGCUCAGCCAACCU